AUGGAGCACUCAUCCAACUUCAGUCAGGCUGACACAAUUCAACAGGGGUCAGUAAAUGAUGACAUCAUGCCAAGGAUAGGCUACACCAUCUUGGCUAUCAUUAUCGGUUUGUUCUCGGUUUCUGGAGUCAUCUUGAAUGUGCUGGUGAUCAUCGUGACACUGAGACACAGACAGCUGCGUCAGCCGCUAAACUACGCUCUGGUCAAUCUGGCAGUGGCAGAUUUGGGCUGUGCUAUGUUCGGGGGGCUGCCGACCAUGGUCACCAACGCUAUGGGCUACUUCAGUCUAGGAAGGCUGGGAUGUGUUCUGGAGGGCUUCGCUGUUGCUUUCUUUGGUAUUGCUGGUUUAUGCUCAGUUGCAGUUAUCGCUAUUGACCGCUACAUGGUGGUAUGCAGACCCAUGGGCACAGUCAUGUUCCAGACCAGGCACGCUGUGGCAGGUGUGGUCUUCUCCUGGGUGUGGUCCUUCGUGUGGAACACGCCACCGCUCUUCGGGUGGGGCAGUUACCAGCUGGAAGGUGUGAUGACCUCCUGCGCCCCUGACUGGUACAGCAGAGAUCCAGCCAACGUCUCGUACAUCAUGUGCUACUUUAUGCUCUGUUUCGCGCUGCCUUUUUCCACCAUCGUUUUCUCCUACUCGCGUCUGCUAUGGACCCUACGACAGGUAGCCAAGCUGCAAAUGGCAGAAGGUGGAAGCACAGCCAAGGCUGAGAUGCAGGUGGCACGUAUGGUGGUUGUGAUGGUCCUGGCCUUCUUACUAACAUGGCUGCCCUAUGCAUCUUUUGCCCUUGCUGUGAUCUUUGAUCCCGACCUUUACAUCAACCCUCUGAUCGCCACGUUUCCCAUGUAUCUGGCCAAGAGCAGUACAGUCUUCAAUCCCAUCAUAUACAUCUUCAUGAACAGACAGUUCAGGGACUGUGCUCUGCCGUAUCUCUUCUGUGGAAGAAACCCAUGGGUAGCCAAACCUGGAGACUCCGAGGUGGACACUGCGAUAACUUCAAUCAGCAAGAGCAACAAGGUGUCACCGUCAUCACCAUCCUCCACCACGCAGACUUCCAGCACGUAAACUCUCGACAGUAACAGGUCCACUCCUCCAGACUGAAACAAAAUCCACUUACAAUGUGACUUUUCCACCGCUCUUAA